AUUCCACGCGCACUAUUCCCGAAGUCUUGAUUCAGUUCAGUGUUAUAAUUUAUUUUCGCUUAAACUCUGCUGAUACGGGUACAAUAUGGAAUUUGUUUGCAUCGCCGAUUUCGAAAAGAAAGCCCAAACAGUUCUUGAGAAGAAAGCCUUGGAUUAUUAUCGUUCUGGAGCUGGUGAUCAAUAUACUUUAAAUCGAACCAGAGAUGCUUUUCGAAAAUUACGUAUUCGUCCGAGAUUUUUACGAAAUGUCUCUAAAUUAAAUACUGCUACGACAAUCUUGGGAUGUCAAGUUAAGUGGCCUGUCGGAAUUGCACCUACUGCAAUGCAACGUAUGGCACAUCCAGAUGGAGAAAUUGCCAAUGCUCGUGCAGCAGGUCUAGCAGGAAGUGUAUUUAUUUUGAGCACAUUAUCAACGACAUCUAUUGAGGAACUUGCUAAAGGAGCACCGAAUACUGAUAAAUGGUUUCAGCUCUAUGUCUACAAAGACAGAUCUCUUACUGAGAGCCUGGUACGGAGAGCUGAAAAGGCCAACUUCAAGGCAUUAGUUCUUACAAUCGACGCUCCAUUGUUCGGCCAAAGACGUUCUGAUAUUCGCAAUAAAUUCGGAUUACCUCCUCAUUUACAGUUGGGUAAUUUCUCAGAAGCUGAAACACAAGACGUCAAAAGCUCUGGUAAAGGUUCAGGUAUCAAUGAAUAUGUGAUGAGUCAAUUUGAUCCAGAACUCACAUGGAAAGACGUAGAAUGGCUCGUGAAAAUUUCAAAGCUUCCUGUGAUUGUUAAAGGAGUUCUCACCCACGAAGAUGCGGUAUUGGCUAGGGAAUUUGGUUGCAAGGGUAUCAUUGUAUCGAACCAUGGAGCAAGACAGCUAGAUUCAGUACCAGCUUCAAUAGAAGCUCUACCAGAAAUAGUCAGGGCUGUUGGAAAUGAUUUGGUAGUAAUGAUGGAUGGUGGAAUAAUGGAAGGUAAUGAUGUGCUAAAGGCUUUGGCAUUAGGUGCCAAGAUGGUGUUUAUUGGACGAGCUGCUUUAUGGGGUCUAGCUUGUGGUGGACAAAAGGGAGUCGAGGAUUUGCUUGCUAUUCUUAAGAAAGAUUUCGAAGUUGCUAUGAGUCUUUCAGGUUGUGUGGACCUAGAAAGCAUUCGUCCGAAUUUAAUAGUUCAUGAAUCACAUUAUUCUAAGUUGUAAUUUAUGUAUGUUCAUAUAAUUUUUAUCUAGAGGGAGUUUAUUUAAUAAAAUACAAAAUAAAAACUAUAAAAAUUCAUAUAA